UUACCCCUGCAUCAAAGUUUGUUUAUUUAUAUACAAAGUCCUUGUAAUUAUUAUCACUUUCUCACUUCUUCGACUCUGUUUCUUUCAAGCUAAAGAAGAGCAUUUGAGUUCUUUGAUCUUUCCACGAAGAACGAUCGAUCUCUGAGGAUUUCAAAUCGAAGAGAAUCGCCAAGAAAAUGUGUUCCUUUGAAGAACGUCGUGCUCCACCUGGGGUUUACUAUACUCCACCGCCGGCGAGAGCAAGAGAUUAUGUGACGGCGAUGCCGUUGUCGGAGAGGACGAGACCACCGUAUUCUUGUUCGUCGUCUUCGUCGGAGAAACGUGACCCCUUUCACAUUGUUCACAAGGUUCCUUCUGGUGAUUCUCCUUACGUCAGAGCCAAACAUGCUCAGUUGAUAGAUAAAGAUCCGAAUCGAGCUAUAUCAUUGUUUUGGGCUGCAAUAAACGCUGGUGAUCGAGUUGAUAGUGCACUGAAGGACAUGGCGGUUGUGAUGAAGCAGUUGGACCGAUCUGAUGAAGGAAUUGAAGCUAUCAAAUCCUUUCGGUAUCUCUGUUCUUUUGAGUCUCAAGACUCCAUUGAUAACUUACUCCUCGAACUCUACAAGAAGUCAGGGAGGAUUGAAGAAGAAGCUGCAUUACUUGAGCACAAGCUUAAAACAUUCGAACAAGGAAUGGGAUUUGGUGGUCGAGCCAUGAAAGCAAAAAGGGUUCAAGGAAAAUAUGUUACAAUGACUAUUGAGCAGGAGAAAGCAAGGUUACUAGGGAACUUGGGCUGGGUUCAUUUACAGUUGCACAACUAUGGAAUUGCAGAGCAGCAUUACAGGAGAGCUUUGAGUUUGGAACCGGACAAAAACAAACUGUGCAACUUAGCAAUCUGCUUGAUGCGUAUCGGUCGAAUUCCUGAAGCUAAAUCUCUGCUUGAUGACGUACGAAAUUCUUCUGCAGAGAUCGACUGCGGAGACGAACCAUUCGCAAAGUCUUAUGACAGAGCUGUUGAGAUGUUAGCAGAAAUAGAAUCGAAAAAAACGGAAGCUGAUCUUUCAGAAAAGUUCUACGCGGGAUGUUCAUUUGCAAAAGGAAUGAAGGAAAACAGAGACCCUGGAUUUGCAAACAAGAACUAUUCACAUGUUUCUUCUUCUCCAGCAUCUGUUCGACAGAACUCUGCAGGUCUAUAUACACAACCACGCGAAUGCAGUAGAGCAGUGAUGUAUGAAGAAGAAGAAAAGAGAGGUGCAGCUCGAAAGCUACUGUUUGAGAAACGAAAUUUUGGUUCUGAGCAUUUUAACAUCUUAAAGAGAGGAGAUGAAGAACCCAUGAAGCGAAAGAAACUGGACCCGAACAUGAUUCAUUAUCUCCAUGAAUUCAUCACAGAUGCUGCAGAUGGUCCACAGAGUGAAUCUAAGAAGAGCUGGGCAGAUAUCGCCGAAGAGGAAGAGGAAGAAGAAGAAGAAGGAAGAUUGCAGGCAGAGCUUAAAACCGCAGAGAUAUAGGAUCUAAUUGUUCCAGUUAUCAAGUUUUUGGAUCGUAGAAAUUGUAUAGGUGUUUGUCAUUUGCAGGCAGAGCUUAAAACCACAAAGAUAUAGGAUCUAAUUGUACCAGUUAUCAAGUUUUUGAAUCAUAGAAAUUGUAUAUGUGUUUUGGGUUUGACAUUGAUAUAUUUUCGUGGACAAAACAAAGAAGCAUAGGGCAUAUGGGAUUACACUCCGGAACAAAUCUUGGUUUUUGGAAAGAAACUCAAUAACAAAACACACAAAAGCACAAAAAGAGAGAAUUCAAUUCAG